CAGAGUAAGAAAAAAACUUAAUGUAAUAUGAAAGAAACACAAAAUAUUAUCUUCAUUCCAAGUAUUUCCUGUGAUAACAUAUCCACACAAACGAAGGUACAGGUAAAUGAGAAUUUAAGAGGCCGCACCACAAGUGUUCAUUUACUGUCCUACCAAGAUACCUCAUAAUCCAUUAUGCUUGUUAAUAUAAUUAUAUUUAUUGGGUAUGCGGAUCGAUUGCGAAUCUGACGACUGGAAAUACAACCGUUGUCAACUACUUAACAUUUCUUCCGAAACACGGAUGGUCUUGAGACAAUUAAUUUUUGAUCACCCAUCCUAUAACCGAUCAUUGUGAAAUUUGCUAAACUUUCACAGUCUCAAGCCUUCCACGUAUCUUAAUGACAUGAUGAAAGAGGUUUAUAUAAAGAAAAUAUGAUUAGAAUAAAUGCGGAAGAUGCGGGUUCGAAUAAAAUCCCGUCUUAAACCUGGAUCGAGUGGAAUAUUCUUUACAUUUAAACAUAUAGCAGUUAAUUGCUUAUUGACAAAAAUAUAAUAAUGAUGAAAGAUUUUUUGUAACUGUAGCUCAAGAUAACGUAGAUCCGACGAUUGACCUCUUGACCCACGGCAUAAACACGGUGGUGAUGUUCUUGCUGCUAAUCACGUCGAUGCAUCCCUCCCAUCUCUUCCACUGCGUCUACCCAAUCGCUGUUCUGCUACUCUACGCGGCCUUCAACAUCAUCUACUACUUCGCUGGUGGAGUCAGUCACACAGGUGAUCCUUAUAUAUACCCUAUGUUGGACUGGUCAAAGCCCGGUUUGGCCACCGGGGUUCUCAUUGGGUGCUUGGGUGCUGCUAUAGUACUACACAUUUUGGUAGUUCUCAUCAGCCUGCUGCGAGAUUUCCUGUCUAAGAAAUACGUGCGCGAUUACAAUACUUUAGAAAUUACCACGUAACUCACUUUACUGAUGGAGUGUGCUUCGAAUAAAGGACUACUAAUAAAGGACCCAAGCACGAACUUUGACAGCUCCGUAAUCGUAUCACAUCGUCAAAGUUUCUAUGAAAACCUAAUCAGCGCCCCUACCGGAAAAAAGAACAAACUUGCUCCUUCCAUACAAAAUUUGACGAUGACGAUACGAUUCGGACACGGAUACGGAUCUAUCAAAGAUCGAGCUAGGGCCUCUGAUUUACCCCACUUCGCUCAAUUGAAUAGUCAAUCUGCAUUUUGUACAGUUACAACUCGAAAUGAUACAUAUUUAUUUUAUGAGUGUCGUUAGAAUAAAUAUUAAUGUAUGUAGUCCGCUAGUGACAUUAUCAAAAAGUGUAUGAAAUCGAAUAAGUGGUGAGGAUAAAUAAACAGAAAUUGUUUUCGAAAGAUAUAAAAAAAAAGUAAAAGUUAUUGCUUAUGUUUAUUUUGUUUCUCCCAUUCUUCUGUGAAAAUAUUUAAGCAAAUCACGCAAACACAUAAGUAGUUUCAUUUUAAUUAACAUUUAACAAAUUUUCAACAUUUGAUGACACCAAAUCGCCGAACUACAGUUUAAUAUUUGAUUUGUUUCUGUGAUUUUAACAGUUGAGUUCUGUUAAUAAAUAUGGAAACUCAUUGACAAGGAAAUAAUAAAGAGCAAAACGGACACGCCUAAGCCGUAUUGUUCUAUCAAUGGGAAACAAAUAAUACGAUACGUAUUUAUUUACUUAUUUACUCUUUAUUGUCAUUUUACAACAAAUGGCGGACUUAAUGCCACAUGGCGUUCCCUACCAGUCAACCAUCGGGCUAAGCUGAGACAUUAUGCGGUAAAGUACAUAAAAGCAAAAGGUGAAAGAAAAAAAAAAUAUAAAACUACAUGAUACUUAAUAUAAAAAAUAUAAUACAUAGCAUCUAUAAAUAUAACUACAUAUAUAUAUACAUACAUAUUUAUAUGUACGAUAAAUACCUAAAUAUAUACAAUAAUAAAUACCACUAUAAUUACUUAAGAAUACUAUAAAAAAACAAAAUACUAUUACAAAUAAUAUUAAUAAUAGGCGGAUUGACCAGAGUUUGGUCAUAAUAUAGAAAUUGAAAUUUUUAUGACUUCUUAGCGAAAUGCUGACGUACGAGGACCUUGAAAGCAGGUUUACUGGGUGCUUUUCUCACGCUAUCCGGAAGAUCAUUCCAGAGACUAUUCUCCAAGCUUGGAGACAAAAUGAGUUUGAUACGAAGCUGGAGCAGUGGGAGGGGAUGGACAAAAGAAGAUUUUCAGAUGAACGAAGAUAACGAGAGUGUGUGGAACUUAAAAACUGAAAUAUGGACUUUAGAUAAGACGGAGCAUUAGGGUCAAAAAGAAUUGAGAAAAGAAAUGUGAGAAUUCUUAAAUCACGACGGUCUGAAAGAGGCGGCCAAUUGAGUUCACGGCGAAAUGAAGUAAUAUGAUCAUAUUUCCGUAGACUGAAUAUGAAUCGAAUACAGCUGUUAAGAGACCGCUCCAAUUUACCAAGAAUAUCUUUAUUUAGGUCAGGAUAACACACAUCAGCAUAAUCUAUGGAUGGUAGGACAAGAGCCUGAAUUAAAGAGAUUUUUGUGUGAACAGGGAGAAAUUUUUUAUAUCUAUAGAGGGCACGAAGCAUAUUUGUGACCCGCCGACAUGUCUCGUUAAUGUGAGUGGACCAGCCAAAGGUACUGUCAAUGUGCAACCCAAGAUUCUUAACGCUUGGAAAAAAAGGAAUUUGCAUGCCAUUAUAGACAAUUGGACUUACAGCGCCAAUAUCAACCUUACAUAUUUGGCGAGAUCCACCAAUAAUAAUAGCCUGGCAGUUAGUCGGGUUGACGACAGCACCAAAGCGCUCAGACCACUUGCAGAGCAUAUCAAGAUGCUCAUUGAGGAGAGAUAUAGUAGAGUCAAUCUCAUCAGAACUGCAACGGCGGUAUAACUGCAAAUCGUCGGCAUACAUGUGUUAGCCAAAAUAGUUUUAUUAGAAGCAUGAAGUACAUAUAGUUUUGUAAUAUGCAUAUACUUGGAAUCAUAGAGAAAGUAAUCAACCAACUAGAUCAUCAUAAAGUCCUCAUUUAAAAAUGCAUCAAACUAGUAGGUAAUUUCACAUCAUGUUUUCUCUUUUGAGAAAAAUCAGGGGUGAUUAAGGAAAUGACAUUUUAAAUAAUGUUUCUUAUAAGUUUACACAAGUAAGUAUACAACAAUAUAAAAGUGAAUACUUUACCAGAAACUUAAAACGUUGGUUUAAAAGUGCCACUAUAAUAAGAUUUAUUAUAUAGUACGUACUAAAUGGAAAUUGUAGAAAAAAAUCCUUUUCAAAUGACAAUUAGGUCGUACUAGAUUUUAAAAUAAAGUUAUUUAUGGCCCUCUUUUCUGUUAUAGUUCAAAAAUGGAACCAAGGUCAAUAACGAAUUACAAGUUUGGCACACCACAUAGGUAGAUAAACGUGGUAUUACCGACAGAUAACGAUUUCCAAUCAGAACGUGUGAUCGAUAGCAGACAUGGCCGAGGUCUGAGCAAGCGAACAUCAUGAGCAAUAUCAAAAAGUAUUGCAAAGAAGAGUUCCAAUGGGGGAAAAUCAAAUUGGAACAUGCGCGGCCGUCUGAUUUCUACCUGAGUGUUUGGCAGACCAACCGUUCAGCUGCGCCGCUCUUAAUACUCCGGUCGUUGCUCUUUCUGACAUCUUUAGCCAUCACCGUGUAUUCCAUUGUGUCAUACUCAAUUAAAGGAUGGUUCGGAAUUUGGUGGAUCUACCUAACCCACUGGGGUCUCACUGUUAUGACAUUAAGUACUGGAUUCGCAACUGGAGUGUCAGCACGAUGUCACUUCUAUGGACCGAUCAGCGGUGAAUACAGACUGCCCUGGUACAUCAAGACUUAUUGGGUCCUGUUCAACAUUUCAGUACCACUAGCCUUCCUCAUCACAAUAUUCUAUUGGACAGUUCUUUUUGAAGCCAAUAUUGAAGAAGAGUUAGACCAUGGCAGCGACAUAGCGGUGCACGGGAUCAACUCGGUGCUGAUGUUCCUUCUUCUGAUAACGGCGUCGCAUCCGUGCCGGUUGUUACACAUCUACCAGCCGCUCGUCUUCGCAUUCGUCUUCCUGAUGUUCACACUGUUCUACUACUUAGCGGGAGGAAGGAACAGGAACGGUGAACCUUACGUGUAUCCCGUUUUGAAUUGGAGUAAGCCUGGAGUGACGAUCGGGGUUGGCGCCAUAACUGGGCUGCUGCUGGUCCUGCUCUACGUGCUCGUGAUCAGCAUAACGCUAGCGAGAGAUUCAAUCUCCAGGGCCUGCGUGAAACCGCGCGCGGAGCAGCCCGCUGAGGCGAUGCCGUUGAGGCAACCGGCGGCCCAAGGAACGGCUGUUUAAUUGAGAAAAAUCUCGAGGUUUAUGAUCGUAAAUCGUUGUUAAAGCGUGAUAUUGGGGGUUAAAGUCAAUUUUGUAAUUACAAGAAAUAACGAGGACUGCGGGAAACAAAGAUUAUUGAAUUUAAUGGUUGUAGUCAUGUUGCAGUUUGAUUAAUUUAGCAGUCGCGGUGUUGUUUACUUUUGAUUUUUUUUUUACAGAAUCGUUUGUACAAGGGAUUAGACACAAUAAUUUAUAUCGAAAGUUAAAAGCAAUUUAUUGUAAAAGGGCGUUUGUUUUUUUUUUUAGUUACAUAGCGUGUUACGUGGCACGAUACAAGUACCAUCAAUCUUUUUUUAAAAUACGCUAAAAUCCUACUCAACAUUUUAUGAAAAAAUUAAGCUUAAGCUUAUUAUAUUUUUAUUUUUAAGCAUUUAUCUGCUACAUGUAUUAAUUUCAAGAAAAAAAUCUACAUGGGCCAGGUUGAAACCUGAAGUGGAAUGGACGGGAGCAUUAAGCUCUGUAUUGUUGAAUGUUGUUUUUAUACCGGUCCAGUAGUUUUUUACUUUAUUCGUUACAAAAAUACAAAUCCUUGUUCUGUGCAAAGUGUUUUUGUAUGUAAUUUGUACGGGUGCUAAUUCUACUUACGUUAAAAAAUAAUUAUGCAUUUGUGACAUAAAAUUAAAAUUUAGAACGCUACCAUUUCGUGAUGUGGAAAAGUUUGUAUGAAUGGACCGAAUGUGCCAUCUUCGCAUUAUUGCCUUCCGGUUAAGGGGUCUAUAACGUACGUAGGUAGAAACAAUUUUUGUUUUCAUUUGGGUUUUUUCAUUAAUUGACUUAUAAUAAUAAAUAAAUAAUAAUAAUACAUUUUACAGGGAACUAGCCCCCACACUAAGCUUAGCCUAUCCUGUGGGGUAAGAUUUUCAAUAUUUAGUACAUAACUGUGCAAUAAGCCCAUAAGGAAAUAUCAGGAAAAUGUUAUAGGCUUGUUGUUCCGACAGGAUAGGGAUCAACUGACUGUCGAACCAAAGGGCACUCAAAUGACGCAGAAACACAAUCAAGGCUAUGUCCAUAUCAAGGGCGGCACUGGUUGAUCGUUAUUUUUUUCAAACUGGAAGUUCUAAUAAAUUAGAAGUUCUUAGUGUUAACUACCCAUUGGAUACAUUUUAACCUGCCAUAAAUGUCUCUCUAAAAUAGAAAACUUUCUUUGAAAUAUUAAUAAAAGUGUGUAGGCUAUAUUAUGCUUUUGUUGAAUGUAUUGUAUUUUGGAUUAAACCAUCAGUGCGUGUAUAUGUGUAUUUAAGAGCAACAUUAUUGAUUAUAACAAAUUCUGAGGCGAAUAUUAUAUUUUACAUACUGUCGAUAACUUUCAUCCACACAUAACAAAACGAAAUGAUUUUAUUGUUAUAUUUAGUCAUCAUCAUCAUCAUCAUCAGCCUAUUAAUGUCCCCACUGCUGGGGCACAGGCCUUCCCUUUGGAUGGAAUAGGGAGAUUUGGGCCAUGACCCGCCACGCGGGCCCAGUGCGGAUUGGCGGGUG